AUGCUGAAAAAUUUGAAAGCUGGAAAAAUAUUGCACGGAGUAGAGAUGCCUCAAUUGGAUCUUUUGAGCUACAAUGCAUCCCUAAACGGUUCUGUAACUACCUUAAACACACUCAUCCAAAACAACCCUCUUCUACUCCACAAAGUUUCACUCUCUCCCUUUAACAAAACUCCACUACACAUUUCCUCUCUUCUUGGACACUUACAAUUUUGUGAAACUCUUCUGAAAAACAAACCAAGUUUCACCAAUGAAGUUGACUCAAAAGGACGGUGUCCUCUUCAUCUAGCUUCCGCUGAGGGACACACCGAUGUGGUGAAAGCUCAUUUGUUGGCAAACCAGGAUGUUUGUUUGGUUUUUGACAAAGAUGACAUGAUUCCUUUGCACUUUGCUGUAAUAAGAGGACGGAUGGGGGUAAUUAAGGAGUUGCUUAAUGCUAGACCGGAUUCGAUUCGAGUUUUGAAUGACGAUGGUUCUGUUUUGCACUUGUGUGUUUUGUAUAACCAUUUGGAGUCGUUGAAGUUGUUAUUGGAAUCAGUUAUAGUAGAUAGUCAGUUGUUGUUUGCCAAAGACAGAGAGGGCAAUACAAUUCUGCACUUGGCAAUUAGGCUCAAACAAAUUAAGACCAUAAAAUACUUACUUUUGCAGCCUGAAAUAAGAACAGCAGCAAUUACUUUUGAAGCUGUUAGAGCCUUGCGAGAGAUUUUAUUAGCCUUAAAAUUGAAGAAAUGUUAAUUGAAGUCGGGGUUCAAAGAUCUACGCAGAUGGAUUCUGAGUCGCAAUAUGCAUCAUUGCCAAGCAUAUUCGAUCAAGAUCAGUCAGGUCAAUUUAAUGAAGAAGUUCAAAAUGGAAGAAGGAAAAUGUGGGAAAACUUGUGGUCCAAGUAUCUACAAUACCAAGGGAACUGGAUAGAAGAAACAAGGGGAACAUUGAUGUUAGUGGCCACUGUUAUUGCAACAAUGACUUUUCAAUCAACAAUAAGUCCACCAGGUGGAGUUUGGCAAGAAGAUACACAUACUGGUGGACGUAACUGUACUACUUAUGGUAUAUGUAAAGCAGGUACUGCAGUUUUAGCUUA